AUGCCUUCAUCUGGGCACGACAAGAGCGCCGCGUCGGCGCGGGACCCCGACCAGGACCUCCUCCUCGGCCAGGUCGAGGCUAUGUACCGCUCGCUGGCGAACCCGCCCACCGCGGGCCUCAAGGGCUCUAGCUUCGACAAAGCCCGCAGUCGAGCGCAGAUCCAGCACGCCAGCAGCAAAGCGCUCGGUGUCGCUCGAUCGCUCUGGGGUCGCAAUUGGGCCUUCCUCGUGCCCGCCGAGCGCGCCGCCGUCCUCGAGGUCGUUCUCCGGGCCUACUGCGGGUCGCGCCGCAAGCCCGCCGCCUUUGACUGGGCUCAGCUCAACUACGUGUCUGUCCUCGACAAGAUCGGCGGCCAGAACUCGUUCUACGAGGCUGACCUCGACUGGCACGGGCCGGCCGAGACGCAAAAGGACGACGCGCCUUGGCUCGAGGUCCGCAAGCAUGUCGGCGCUAUCGUCGACGCGUGCGCUUGCGCCCGGCCCGACGCCCUGAACCGCGUGCGACACUGGAAGACGACAUUCCUCGACGAGGGCGGCAUCACGAGGCUGAAGCUCCGUCGGCUCGUGAUUGCCGAGCGCGAGGCAGUCGCGAGCGAGGUUGAGCUCAUUCUCGAGCACGUGCACAAGCAUCUCUCCACCUCUACUUCCUCGGCUAUCGACACCUUCCUUCCGUCCGCCGACGCCGUCUUCGCCCGAGCCCAUCGGGCGACCGAGUCGGACUCGAACCGCUUCAACGUCUUGCGCGGCUUCAUCGACGACCUCGUCAACCUGUACAGCGCGACGUCCAAACACGCCGACGCCGUCGCGCAGCUCUCGGCCACGCGCGACCUGCUCAAGCGCCGCACGCACGUCCAGCAGGACGACGGCGUCGUCGACAUGCGCACCGCCGAGGCGAGCUUCGCCAAGCUCGAGGUCCCUCAGCAGGUCGCCGCCGUCGAGCAAGGACGCAACGUCGUCUUCGAGGUGUGCCUGCAGCACCGCGAGGCCGGCCAGCUCCCUGCGGUCGAGCCCCUCAUCAACAAGCUUCUCGAGCCGCUCCACGAUCCUCGCGCCGUCACGCCGCUCAAGCGCUGGCGGCUCUGCAUCGACAACCUGUCGGCGGUCGUGCGGCUGUACGAGGCGGUCUACAAGGAGCACGAGCACGUCGCCAAGUCGCUCUCGAACGAGCUCGCGAUCCUCGACACGUACCAGGCCGCCGAACUCUUCGUCGACCUGCCUGAGGACCGCCAAGUCGCCGCCGUUGAGCGCUGCCGGAGCAUGGUCCACGUGCUCAGCUCGGUGCCUGGUCCCUUGCCUACUGUCGACGACGUCGUCGCCAACUUUCUCCACGUCCUUCCUCACCCGGGCGCCGACCCUGUCUAUCGCGACGCCUCUCCCACUCGCAACCCCUACUUCCCAUCGGCAAGGAUCGAGCGAUAGAGAUGGAGCUUGCCGAGGAGGAGGUCCGAGACGAGGAGGAGCAGGUAGAAGCAGAUACUCGAGGCUCGUGCGCAAAGGAGCAGUUCCUUCUC